UCGCGAAAGCUAUAAACUAAUUGUUCCGACUGCCGGAGCGCCUCACAAGCAACCGAACAGUCGAGCAGUUCGGAGCACGCCACAGCGCCACUACGAUCAGAUCAGAGCUUCAGCAGCAGCAGCAGCAACAGUAGCUGAUCGGCACUGAGAACCGCGCGGCUUAGGCUGAGUCGCGUUCUGACCGGGGAUCCAGCGCUACCAGAAGCUCAUCUUCGUCUCGGGCUACCAAUAGGCUGUAAGGCUGCAGCAGACGCUUCUUCGCCCCGUGGCCAGUGCUACUAGUUCCGGCGACUGGUUCGCUGCCCUCGCUAGUUGCGCUACUACAAGAACCUAACAACCGUGACCGUGUGGUAGAGUGUCAAGUGCGAAUCGGCCUCGUGCCCACUGCGGUUAGAGUGUGCCAUCCGUCUGUGUGUUUGUGUGUGUGUGUGUGUGUGUGUGCGCGUCGAGGCGCGAGUGUCCUUCAGCGCCACGCUUCGGUGAUAAAUGUGUCGAAGUGUAAUUGCAUUCGAUAGACGGCUACACGCGGCUAAAGAUACAAAACCCGGAUCGAAUGCACCGGAGCCUACCUAAGCCACCACCGCACAGCACGAUCACCGUGGCCACUACCACCUGCUGCCUGCUGCUUUUGCCUAGCCUGAGCGUGGCACCCGUGCCGAGAAGGGGCUCGAUUUGAUUCGCCUCGUUCUAGCCUCCUAACUACUAGGUAGGACCGGACGUGCCUGUACUCGAUUGUACUCGAGACCCCAUUACCGAGACUGACAAAACUGGGCAACGAAAAGCCCGCGAAGUGCACGAGCUUGUUGCAUUCCCGUUGCUAGUGUCCAGCCGAGUGCAAUGGCUGACAAUCCGGCGUUCGUUACCAACGACGAUGAGGGUCCACGGGAGGAUCACCACCGGGCAGGUCAGCAUCAAAAUGGUACCGCACCUGCGCCACCAACAUUGACGUUGGAUGUGAAAGUGAAGCCGGAAAGCGAUCCGGCCCCAGCAUCGGCGGCUGCGGGAGAACGGCAGAAGUGGGACAAGGGAGUCGAGUUCCUGAUGUCCUGCAUUGCGCUCUCGGUCGGGCUGGGCAACGUGUGGAAGUUUCCGUCGACGGCAUUCCGGAAUGGUGGCGGUGCGUUCGUUAUCCCGUACCUGAUCGUGCUGCUGAUCGUCGGGCGUCCGAUCUACUACCUCGAGAUGGUGAUGGGCCAGUUCUCGAGCCGGGGCAGCGUCAAGGUGUAUGACGUUUCACCGAUCAUGCGAGGUAUUGGUAUCGCGCAGAUGGUGUCGAUUUGUGUUGUUAUCGUGUACUAUGCCGCCACGAUCGCCACAGCUAUCCGGUUCUUUAUCGCCUCCUGUGAAAGCCCACUGCCCUGGGCCAACUGUGAUGUCAGCUGGACCGGUCUCAACUGCGUCAACUCGUCCAGCUCGGGCCCAGCGCCGACGUUCAACAAUUCGCUUCCGGUGAAAACAUCCGCCGAGCUGUACUACACACACUCGGUAACCGGUGAAGGACUGCUGACCGAUGGUGAGUUCGGUGUACCCGACUGGAAGCUAACGCUCUGUCUGCUCUUCAUCUGGGUCGCCAUGACGAUCAUGAUGAUCAAGGGUAUCCGCGGAUCGGGCAAGGUGGCGUACUUUCUUGCCCUCUUCCCCUACUUCGUGCUGAUCUCGUUUGCCAUCUACGCCUUCACGCUCGAGGGUGCCGGCGAAGGGCUCAAGUACUUCAUUACACCCGACUGGGACGAGCUGCUGAAUGCGAACGUCUGGAAGGAGGCCGUGACGCAGUGUUUCUUCUCGCUGUCGAUCUGCUUCGGUGGUGUGAUCGCGUUCUCGUCCUACAACAACUUUAGCAACAACAUCUACCGCGAUGCCAUGAUCAUCUCGUGGUUAGACACGUUCACUUCGCUCCUGUCCGGGGCGCUAGUGUUCUCCAUCAUUGGCCACCUGGGCCACCUGACCAAUGAGACUGACUACACGAAGGUGGUCCGUCCGGGCAGUGGACUUACCUUCAUCACCUACCCGGACGCCCUGGCCAAGUUCGAGCACGUACCGAACCUGUUUGCGCUCCUGUUUUUCUUUAUGCUCCUUACACUGGGCGUUGGCAGCUGUACCGGGCUGAUUACCAGCGUGAUAACGGCCCUGCACGAUAGCGCACCGAGGCUGAAAUCGUGGAAAACGGUUGUCGCGAUCGGAGUGCUUGGAUUUGGACUUGGGCUACUGUUCGUGACACCGUCCGGUUCGAAGCUGCUCGACUACUUCGAUUACUAUGGCGUCCAGUUUGUGACACUUUCGUCCGCCAUCUUUGAGCUGUUUGCGUUCUGCUGGUUGUACGGUUUUAAGAAACUGUCGCGCGACAUUCAGUUCAUGUUGAAUCGCCGGACGGGCUUUCUGUGGCAAGCGUGCUGGCGCUUCAUCACACCGUUGCUGCUGGUCGUGGUGCUGGUGUUCGGAUUGGUCAAGAGUGAUCGACCCGAAGGAGUAGCCGAUGUGUAUCAUGUCCUCGGAUGGUGCAUGUAUGCGGGCAUCCUGUUGACGAUUCCACUGUGGGCCUGGUUUGAGAUCCGCAGGCGUCCCGAGUCCACGCUCAAGAAGCGCAUCAUCGCAGCCACGAAACCGCUGUCCGAUUGGGGCCCCGAGGAAUUGGAGAUCCGCAAAAAGUAUCUGGAGUUCUGCGACAACUAUGCGCCGCUCGAAUCCCGCUGGUCACGAGUCCGGAAGCUAGUGCGUAGAGGUGACAAAACGUACAACGUGGCCGUCUAGUGCUAUUUGGUAUUGCGGUACGAUCAGUAUUACGAGUAGCCGAUGGACGAAGUGAAAGAAAGUGAUCAUGACUACAACUAGACAUUGCCUCCUCACCGGAUCAAACCGGACACCGGUCCCCGGUCUGAUUGUGCAUACCUUUAAAUUACCUUCAACAGUGACGCCAGCGACUACGCGGUAAUACUAAGCAAUAGACUACGCGCCAUACGCGCGAUAAGGUCACUGAGCCGCAUGACGAGCUUUCCGCGGUAAACCGAACGGUGUUGCCAUUGUUCUGACCAUCGUUUCCCGCGGUCGGUGAUAAUGAUCGAAGAGAGUUGGAUCCAAAGCCGCAAUCGUUGAUUGUGUGAAGCGCGCUAGCGGGCUAGCGGAGAACCGCGAAAGCAAUAGGAAGUGACGAACACGAGACGAGCGCUUCCGAAUCGAUAUUGCGUGAUAUUUUUUAUUCUAAUUGUGACUAUUCAGUGCUCUUGUGUGCCACAGAACAGGCGGUCGUAGUUGAUACAUUUUAGAACGUUUUAAGAAGAUUGUAAUAAGUUUUAAUGUAUUGUAUGUAAUAAAUAUGACAUGUUUUA